CACUGCGUCGCCAUGAUGUCCGUCUCGUUGAUGCUGGCGUGGACGUCCGUCGCUGCCAGCGCCACACCUUUCUUCGUCAGCCAUCCUUAUUACAGUUAUUUUUAUUUGCCUUAUCGUCAUUACGACACGACAGGUAGUUUAUGGAACCCGAAUGCUGAAACUUUCCAAUUAGAAGCUGAAUCGAGCGACAUCGAAGGUAGAACUCCCGUGCGCAAAGUUUUCGCCGAUCAUUCGAGCGGCAAUUCCGCCUCAGAAAUCGAGGGACGCAUAAGCGCGUCGCUUAGGAACGCGUUCCCCAAUUUGGCCGCGUCCAUCUCUUCGCCACUCACGUCUCUCUUCGCCAAUCCUGCGCUUUUGACAUUGGGCCUGCUGGACGGCACGUCGUGUACGUCACCGAACGCCGAGGCCGGCAUUUGUGCCAAUUCGAGGCUUUGUUCGAGCUACGGCGGUCGAUCGAGCGGCUCGUGCAAUUCGUUCGGCAGCGUCUGUUGCAUCAACACGGUGACCCGUUGCGGAGCUACUGUCACGCUCAACAAUACGUACUGGCAGGCGCCGACGACGCUGAGCGCCGAAUCGACGUGUUCGCUUUCGAUUAAACUGGACCCGACGUUGGCCGAACAAAGGAGACAUCCCAUCUGCCAAAUUCGAUUGGAUUUCGAAGCUUUUUCUAUUGCCGGACCCAAUACGCAGACCGUCUGCGCUACGGAUAACUUCCGCGUGAGCGGAACAGCAAAUAGAAUUCCGAUUAUAUGCGGCCAAAAUGUCGGACAGCACAUGUAUUUGAUCGCUCCUUCAUCGACGGCCGACAUCCAAUUGAUUUUCACGUUGGGAACGGGCACGGCCCAAGAUCGCAGCUGGAAGAUCAGGACCAGUUUAUUAGCGUGCAGCUCUACAUCCCUAUUGGCUCCGGAUGAUUGCCUUCAAUAUUUCACGCAAAGUACGGGCACGGUCAGAUCGUUCAAUUGGCGUGAAGUGUCACCGUCGGCCGCAGGUCAACGUCAACUCAACAAUCAGGAUUACAACAUUUGCUUCAGGACUGAACAAAUCAUCAACACCAACUCAUUCCCAAGGGUAUCAUCAUCUAUCUGUUACACGCCGUGCGUCAUCACGACGACGGCUGUCGCCCCGCAAAUGCCGCCGUUGGCCUUCAGUUUGACGGGCGACUCGUCCGGCUCGUUUUAUCUGGCCGGAGCCGGCGCCGGUACGAAUUUCAAUCAAUGCCCCAACACGGACUACAUCGUCAUUCACGGAGCUGUUGAUUCGGCGGCGCCCAACAAUUUUAACGAUCGAUUUUGCGGCAAUAAUUUGAACCCGUCGGCUCUGCAAACGUCGGUCACCCUCUGCUCAACGGCCAAGCCGUUCAACAUUUUGUACCGGACGGAUGGGUCGGAGAGCAAUGCGGAAUUCGCCAAUAAUGGCUUCUGCCUUCGAUACGAACAGAGGGCCUCAUAAAUCAUUGCGCAAGUGGGAUGGCCAAUCUGCGCAAUCAUUCCCCCAAAAAAAAACAUUCCGUUUGCAAAUAUGAUUGAAACUUAUUAUUUUUUUUUUCUUUUGUCUAUUGUCUUGUAAUUUUAUAGUUUUUUUGU